AGUCACUCUUACUUUAUAACUCUACUCUUUCACACGCACUUCACUCACUCCCCUUGUUCCAAAAUUGAAUCUUUGAAAAAGCUCAGAACUUGGAGUUAUCAAAUGAGGCUUAGAGUCAUCAUCAUCACCAUCGCCAUCUUUUUCUCUUUUUGGGUGUAAAUGAACUGAGGAAGUUUUAUGGUUCAAACAAAAUGCCAAUGGAUUCUUUGCUUCUGGGCUCCUUUACCACUCCUUCUAUAUUAGCUAAAGGUUGUCGUGGCUGCCCUCUUAAUGAACAUUUGCAUUAUUGGUUGUAUGACAUUGAUAUAGACAAGGUAUUGGGACACACAAUUUUGGCUUCAAUACUUUGGACUAAUGCCAAGUCAGUUGAUUUGAGCAGCAAAGCUGCAAUAACAUCUUUUUACAUGUUCAUAUGGAAGGUAAGUAACUAUGCUGCCAAACUUACUUUGUUUAACACUUAUUCUUGGGCAUCCCCUAAAAUUUUGUGUCUUCACUCGAAUUGCAUUGAUUCAAAAUUCAAAUCUCUUGUUCCCAUUUUCUCAAUCCCUUUUUAUGUUCCAUCAUUGAAUGAUAUUUCUUUUUAUUUAUUUUUACAUGUGCAUUGAUUGUCAUUUUAAAUGAGUUGGCUGCUAUUGAGUGGUGGGAUAUAGAGGAGACAAAAAAUGGGAUAAGACAUAUGAAUCCAUUUAUUCAAGCAUUUGACCACUUAAAAAAGUGAUAAAUACUUAAUGUUUCGGUGUUAUUUUUACUACGAAUAAUGCUAAAGAACUCGACCUUUAAUAACAAGUGAUGUAACAGAUGAGUUUGUCAUACAUUCAUUCGAUGAAUCAUGAAUGCUAUAAAUCCACCAAUUCUAAUGUUGCAACUAAUAUGCCACAUCAAUUGACAUUAAAAUGUUAAAGAGUUAAAACAUGAAAAGAUAUCUCAUGAAAUCUUUAUAGGACUUUUAGAAAUCUGAAUUAUAAUCUAUUUUUCAUAGAAAUAGGAACUUUAGGACUCUUUAUUGUUAAGGGAUUGACAUGAUGUGUAGUGUUUUUCAGUUAGCGUUAGGAAACUUUACUUUUUGUUAUAACAAACAUUAAAAUUGAUUUGAUGAUGUGAGAAAGUGAAAUUAGCAUAAUAAUCUCGUUUUUAUAUUGAAUGAUGUGUAGGGUUGCUUAAUCGAUCUUGAAAAUUAUUUUGUAAUGGCAAAAAAGGAAAAACAUUUGGUGAAAAUGGACUUUUAAAACUUCAACUUGCCAAAAUAACAUGCUAUUACAAAAUAAUCUUUAGUGUUGUUGAGAAAAUUACUUUGCAAAUAAUAUA